AUGGCCCCAUCCCAACAGUUCCAGUCCAAGCCCUCUGCUGCCGUCCGACGCAGGCUCUCCUCCGUCGUCGACGCCAAGCGUCCCAAUGUCACCGCCUUCUCCAGCCUCACCCCCAUGUGGGCCGGUAUCGCUGGCGCGGUCGUCAACAACAACACCGGCUUCGAGGUCGCCAUCUCUAUCCACGACUCCGUCUACAACACCGACUUCGCCUCCUCCUCCCUCGCCUACAGCCCCAACAACCCUGAUGCUCAGGCGAACGCCAUUGAGCAGCAUGUCAUCGACGCCCUCCGCAAGUUCUCCAGCGAGCAUCUCUGCAAGUUCCUCGGCGCCGGUGUCACCGUAGCUCUCCUCCGCGAGGCACCCAACCUCUGCACGCGUCUUUGGAUGGAGAUGGACAUCGUCCCCAUUGUCUUCAACAUCAAGUCAUUCCACACCGACUCCAUCACGCGUCCCAAUGUCAAGCACCGCAUCUCAUCCACCACUGGCUCAUACGUCCCGUCGGGCGCGGAGACCCCUACUGUCUACUACGACCCCACCCAAGUCCCCGCCGGCCAUGCCGCCCAGCUCACCGUCAACGCGACUCAAAACAAGCUCCCGAUCCCCCGCACGGUUGAUGAGCAGGCGGAUUCCGCGGCGCGCAAGUGCCUCAUGUACUUCGGACCCGGCAACAACCCGCGUCUCUCGAUCGCGGCCCGCAACCAGGUCGCCGUUGACUGCGGAGGCAAGAUUCACCUCAUCGACGACAUCGACGUCUACAAGAACUCGGUGUCUAAGGGAACGUGGAACUCGGUCAUCAAGCUCGCGGAUGAGCUCCGCAACUCGAAGAUCAAGAUGGGGUUCUUCUCCUCUACUCCCCAGGGAGGUGGUGUCGCUCUCAUGCGUCACGCGCUCAUCCGAUUCUUGACACUCCUCGACGUCGACUGUGCCUGGUAUGUGCCGAACCCGUCGCCAAGCGUCUUCCGUACCACGAAGAACAACCACAACAUCCUUCAGGGUGUCGCGGAUCCCAGUCUUCGCCUCACUCAGGAGCAAAAGGACAACUUCGAUGCCUGGAUUCUCAAGAACGGUCUCCGCUGGACUGCCGAGGGCGGCCCCCUUGCCCCGGGCGGUGUGGACAUCGCCUUCAUUGACGACCCCCAGAUGCCUGGUCUCAUUCCCCUCAUCAAGCGUGUCCGCCCCGAUCUUCCCAUCAUCUACCGCUCCCACAUUGAGAUUCGUAGCGACCUUGUACACAAGGCGGGUUCUCCCCAAGAAGAAGUUUGGAAGUACUUGUGGAACAACAUCCAACAUGCGGACAUGUUCAUCUCACACCCGGUCAACAAGUUCGUCCCCAGCGACGUCCCUAUCGAGAAGCUCGCUCUUCUUGGAGCAGCGACUGACUGGCUCGACGGUCUCAACAAGCACCUCGGCGAGUGGGAUUCGCAGUUCUACAUGGGCGAGUUCCGUUCCCUCUGCGUCAAGGACAAGAUGAACGAGCUUGGUUGGCCGAUGCGCGAGUACAUCGUUCAAAUCGCGCGCUUCGACCCGUCGAAGGGUAUCCCCAACCUCAUCGACGCCUACGCUCGCUUCCGCAAGCUUCUCGAGGAAAAGCGCCCCGAUGUCGAGCCGCCGCAGAUGCUCAUCUGCGGUCACGGUGCCGUCGAUGACCCCGAUGCUAGCAUCAUCUACGACGAGGUCAUCCAGCUCAUCCAUGGCACGUACCCAGAGUACGUCAAGGACUUCGUUGUCAUGCGCUGCCCACCCAGCGACCAACUUCUCAACGCUCUCAUGGAAAACUCCAAGUUCGCCUGCCAGCUCUCCACCCGCGAGGGCUUCGAGGUCAAGGUCUCGGAGGCGCUCCACACCGGCAAGCCCGUCAUCGCCUCGCGCACGGGCGGGAUCCCGCUCCAGAUCGUCGACGGCAAGUCCGGCUUCCUCUGCGAGGCCGGCGACAACGCCGCGGUCGCGCAGCACAUGUUCGAGCUCACGACGGACGACGACCUGCUGGAGCGCAUGUCCGAGUACGCGCGCACGCACGUCUCGGACGAGGUCUCCACCGUCGGCAACGCCGCGGCGUGGAUGUACCUCGCGGUGAUGUACGCGAGCCGCGGCGCGAAGCUGCAGCCCAAGGGCGCGUGGCUGAACGACAUGCUCCGCACCGAGUGCGGCGAGCCGUACGAGCCCGAGGAGCCGCAGCUCCCGCGCGCCGCGCUCAACGUGCAAGGCUGA